CAUCCUCUGUCUCUUAUCAAACCCUUCCGCCUUGCUCCACCGACACCCAACUUUCCCUUACCGUGCACUCUCGAUUCCACCUCACACACUCCUUUACACAUUUACAAUGCUCUUCAAGCACUUUGCCAUCCUCGCCAGCCUCGCAGCCAGCGCCUUGGCCAUGCCCUUCGGAGAAGUCUCCGGACUGGACGCCGCUGAGAAGCGAUCCCUUGAAGUACGAGGGGGCCAUAGCUCCAGCGGUUUCGAUCUGGACAUCGACGCAGACAUCAUCCUUGGCAAUUCUAUGAAGCCUACCUGCUACGGAGAGUGGGUCAAGCACCCCAAGCACCACAAGAAGGUCUGGAAGCCUAAGUCAUACUGCUCGCUUUCCAUCGACUUGUCCCUCCACGAGGAGUCUUCCUACUGCUUCAAGUGGGGCGGGUGCUGUGCCAAGAAGCGUGAGUACGAAUCGUCGACGGGGAAGCUAGUGAUCGAUGAGGCCUCGACUGACAUUGAACACCCUCCUUCUUCCAAAAGACCACGACUCCAUCGAGGUCGGCCUCAAGUUCAAGGCCAAAUGCGAGGCUGCCGGAGGCGACUUCUGGUACGUCUGACCAGCUUGAUGGCCUUGCACCCCUGUCACCACGGUUGCUCUUCUGAGUGAUCUCUCCUCGAGAGCUUGCAUACCCUGCUGUUCUGUUUGGCUUGUAAUACCCCUGGCUCAAUGUCAUUCGUCCGGCUCGUCCGGCUUCAAAGCUUUGUGAUUCCCGACUGUCUCUCACUUGACAUGGUGAUUUGAGUGAGGAUCUGCCAUGUCUCAUGCGCCUUGCGUAUCCGCUGCACCAACAUGCCGUCUACACAAAUGGCCCGGUGGGAAGCAAGGUAUGAGGCGCUAAUUAUACGCCCAUCUCACUCUUGAGAUUGUGUCGGGCACGAAAGC